CUUUAACAGAUCAUAUACUAUAUUGGCUGGCCUUGUAUCGAAAUAUUGAUUGAUUAGUUGGUUGGUUGAUCGGGAUAUGCCUCCCGUGAUAAAACAGCAACAUUCCUGACAUACCUCAAGCUAAUCCUAUUUUAACGAUUUUUUAAUGACUCAAUCAACCAGAAUCUCCAACCACCGUCGGUGUACGACGCCGUUCUUCAAUAACAGUAGAAUCGUAUCUUCCUUCAUCCGUUCACGUUGGUGCACCAUCUGUUUUUAAAUGAUACCGGAAGAGGGAGCACAGUGAUCAUCUUCAAAGUCUCGGCUCACACACACACCUGCACAACUCCUCCUCGUUUUGAAUAUGUAACCCGUCCAAUGAGAGCGAGGCAACACAUCCUGGGUUAUUCUUCAGCUACGGUCAGCAGCAUCCCCGGUGCUGCCUUCUGUCGCCUCCACACGGAUACUCCGUUCGGCUCUGUCGGGUCUCUGUCGCGGACGGCAACUAUGGCUGAUGCGGGAGAAGCCGGCGAAGAUGAAAUCCAGUUCCUACGAACCGACGACGAGGUUGUCCUGCAGUGUUCUGCCACAGUCCACAAGGAGCAGCAGAAGCUGUGUCUGGCAGCGGAGGGCUUCGGAAACAGACUCUGCUUCCUCGAGUCAACAUCCAACUCUAAGAAUGUCCCUCCAGACCUGUCCAUCUGUACGUUUGUCCUGGAGCAGUCCCUCUCAGUCCGGGCCCUGCAGGAGAUGCUGGCCAACACAGAGGAGAAGGCAGAAGGGAAAUUCAUGAUGAAGACGGCCCAGGGAGGGGGCCACCGCACCUUACUGUACGGACACGCUGUUCUGCUACGACACUCCUACAGCGGCAUGUACCUCUGUUGCCUCGGUACCUCCCGAUCCUCAACCGACAAACUGGCGUUUGAUGUUGGACUGCAGGAAGACACAACAGGAGAAGCUUGUUGGUGGACCAUCCACCCUGCCUCCAAGCAGAGGUCAGAGGGAGAGAAGGUCCGAGUCGGGGAUGACCUCAUCCUAGUUAGCGUGUCAUCAGAACGAUACCUGCACCUGUCGUACGGUAACGACAGCCUGCACGUGGACGCAGCCUUCCAGCAGACCCUCUGGAGCGUGGCGACCGUCUGCUCUGGCAGCGAGGUGGCCCAAGGGUUCAUGAUCGGCGGGGACGUGCUGAGGCUGCUCCAUGGUCACAUGGAUGAAUGUCUGACAGUGCCGUCGGGAGAACAUGGGGAGGAGCAACGCAGGACGGUGCACUACGAGGGGGGAGCUGUGUCCAUCCACGCCCGCUCCCUCUGGAGACUGGAGACCCUGCGAGUGGCGUAA